AAAAAAAAAUCCCCUCUUGCUCUUUCACUGGAAAUCAUGAACUAAAUAUAGAUUAAGUUGUACACGGUGAUUAUAUCGAUGAGCUACAAUUUCACUGCGUCCUCAGGAAUAAAAUCUCUGUAUCGCUGGAAUGACCCUUUAUCACUGUUGCGGUGUAACAGCAUCAUGGUUUCUUUUCCAAACCCUCGCGCCCCGCCUAUUUAAUUUUAUCCAAUCACGAUAUCUCAUCUUUUGGGUAAGUAUUUCAAAUUAUUGAUACAGCUAAACUGUGGGGGCAAACACUCUGUUUCUUACUGCUCAAUCUGUUUUUUUUAAACGAACCAUCCGGGAUGUCAGUGAGGACAUUUCAAACAGGACCUUUCCUCUGUUUGGACAUUUAGCCCAGACCAAACUUUGCAAGAAAUUCAAUCGGACAUCUCUGUGACAGUGCUUUCAUGGCGGAUCAUCCAAUUCGCGUUCGACUCGGUAGGAGAAAAGGAUGGCACCUAUUGAACUACUGCACGGAGGAAGGCUUGUGUUGUGGUUUUAAUCUCAUUUAGAAAUGGAUGACAAGUCACUUACUGACAAGCUCUGCAAUGCCUCUGCCAGUGGAAAGUUAUCUGAGGUAUUGGCUUUGCUGCAAAAUGGAGCAGAUGUCAAUGGAUUUAAUACAUACAAGAGAACUGCACUGCAGGUGGUGAUGUUGGGGAGCACCCUCGUGGCCGAGGCUCUUCUUGACGCGGGUGCCAACCCCAACUUACGCGACCCGACCUGCGGUCUCACCGUGACCCACGACGCCGCGCGCGAAGGAUUUGUGGAUACUGUGCGCGUGCUGAUAAGCCACGGGGCUGACGUAAACCUCGUGGAUAAGCAGGGUAACAUGCCGCUGCACCUGGCCGCCAGGGAAGGCCACCUGCAGGUGGUCCAGGUCCUAAUUGGACCCACGGCGGACCCUCAGAGGGCCAACGGCCAGGGAUAUACCGCCGAGCAGCUCGCGCUCCACUUCGGGAGGAUGGACAUUGCCAGAUAUAUCGACGACCAUUUGAACUCCCGCUAGAGGAGGAGGAAGAGGAGGAUGAAGAUACAGACUUUUCAAACUCUCGAUUGGCUGAAAUCCUUUUAUGCUUCUGCUAUUUUGCUUAUGCCUUUUUAAUAUACUAAUACUUUAACAUUUCAUUUGGUUUUAUAUUUUCUCAAGUGGCCUAAUAAUGAGACAGUUUGCUCACUGUUAUUUACACACUUAUCUACAUGUUAAUGCUGUUUGGAGAGAACAGGGGAGACCAAGCACACAUUAAUCAGUGAUUUGGAGUAGUAAAAAUACAGUAUCCAACACAGUGAUAGUAUGGUUAACAUACACCCUUUGGCCACUUAAUUUGGCACACUGAUACACUGUAGUACAGUUCAGCACCAAAGCUGUAUGUACAUAUUCUACUUUUACAAAGCAAUGGUCAGUUUUUGUUCUAACUUUCCGGGAAGCAAGUGAGUGACGCUUUAUUUAUAUAUGGCACGGUAAGAGAGUGCAUCACACAUGCAUUAAAAAUAUAAACAAAUAACCUAAGAAUAAAUUACAAUAUAAAACAAAGCACAGUGAGCGACAGAACAAAUUAAAACAAACAAAAACAUAAGACAGGGAUGUAGGCUUGCCUGUACAGAUGAUUUUAAACAGUCCAAAGAUUCAGCAAAUAAAUAGAUUGGGGAAGAUGAUCGCGGAAGAGGUGAAGUGGAAUAAGGAAGAAGGAGAUCAGAAAUGUAACUGGGGGCAAGGUCAUGCAGUGUCUUAUGUGUAAUCAACUGGAUCUUUUGAAUUUUACAGGAAGCCAGUGAAAGGAUGUAAGAAGAGGAGUUAUGUAAGUGUGAAAAAUGUUAAUUCAGAAGUUUAUUGUUGAGGCCAUAGUGGUGGACUGGACUGCAUUAUACUGAAAUGUGUGUCUAAUUGUCUUCCCUACUGGCCAAACCUUGGACACAGCUCUCAGUAUAAUGUCUGAGAGAUCUGGGUCAACACCUCUGCAUACUGCAACCUUACUAAUAAACACAGUUGUAUUAACACUGCGAAUAACAAUUGAACAUUUGUUAUCUUUGUAAAGAUAGAUUCUAUUGCUGAGCUGCUGAUUGCAUUAGAUUUUACAGGUGUACCUAAUAAAGUGGCCACUGAGUGUAUAUUCUAUCAGUAUUUGACAGCCACCUAAAUAUAUUAUCUUGUUUCUUCACAAAGCUCUGUAAACUCAUAAUGUGAUGAGUAUAGAGUACAGAUAAAGCCACAGAGACUACAUGUACACUCAAAUAGAGAUACUCUGUUUUAAAAGCAGAGAGGUUUAGGAAGUCUCACUACUGCUGCUACAUGUCAUUAAGAGUCACAACUGGUACCAUUUGGGAACACUGAGUGUCAAAAUGAAUGAGAUGAUGUAGAGACUUCAGAGGAGGCCUGACUUAUGUACAAAAUAAGACACUGUUUCCCCUAUAAGCUGUGUUUUAAUUUGUUCUAUUCAUUUACAAUGAGGAAAUGCGUACAAUCAUAUACUGUGAGAGUGGCUCUGCCAUUUAGUUACUAGUUACACCUAUACAAUGUGAGAUAAAAUACAACAGCACUACAGUAAGUGUGAAGUUUACAAAGUGUUUCACACAUUAUUUCAAUUCAUACCGUACUUUGUAAGGAUGCUGCAUUUGAGAGGUGUCUGGUCAUCCCUAAUGAGAAACCCGAGAAGGACAAAAUAAUAAAUAAUAAUAUCAUAUAAAUGUAAUAAAUAAACUCUCCCGUUGCGCUCUCUCUCUUUUUCUCUGCUGCUUGAUUAAUGUGAAUGUAAAAACUGUGACAUAAUAAAAGAUUACAAUUAA